CUUUGACAAAAACUUCGGGCGAGGUUUGCUCCCCUCCAUGAUCCCAUAAUUAGAAAGUUGGUGUCACAUUCCUUCAUUGUGCACGUUCCUUCUCAAACUCUGUUUUUUUUUUUUUUCCUCCUUUUUCUUUUUCUUUUUCUUCUUCUUCUUCUUUUAUCAUCUUUUUCUUUUUCAUUUUGAUUCAAACCCUUCUCUUUUUUCUUCUUCAUCAUCAUCAAAAACUUUCCUUAUGAUUUCCAUCUCUCCUCUUCUUGCAUAGACAUAGAAAGAGAGAGAGACAAGAUAAAGACAGAAAAACCAGAGUUGCAUCCUUUUGGAACUAACAUUAACAGAAAGACACAGUUUUUUUGCAUGAUUUACAUUGCCAGAAAGACACAGUUUUUUUGCAUGAUUUACAUUGACAGAAAGACACAGUUUUUUUGCAUGAUUUUUUUGGUGUAUUAGAGAGAGAGAGAGAGAGAGAAAUAAAAGAUGCUGCAAAGAGCUGCAAGCAAUGCAUAUUCAUGGUGGUGGGCCAGCCACAUCAGGACAAAGCAAUCAAAAUGGCUGGAGCAAAACCUCCAAGAUAUGGAAGAAAAGGUGCAAAAUACGCUUAAACUCAUCGAAGAGGAUGGAGAUUCCUUUGCCAAGAGAGCAGAAAUGUACUACAAGAAGAGACCAGAGUUGAUAAACUUUGUGGAGGAAUCUUACAGAGCUUACAGGUCCUUGGCUGAGAGGUAUGACCACAUUUCAACAGAGUUGCAAAAUGCAAACAAUACAAUUGCUAGUAUUUUCCCUGAACAAGUGCAGUUUGCAAUGGACGAAGAAGAUGAGUAUACUUCACCUAGAUUCCCCAAAAAGUUUCCCGUAGUCCCUAGAACAGAUAUCCCAAAAGUCCCAAAGGGUCCCAUAAAAGACUUGAGGAGUGUCAUUACAACAGCAACAGCUACAAAAAGAUUUCAAUCUAAGAAAACAGCAAAAGCAGCUACCAGUAAGACUACAGCACCUAAAUCUGGUUUGAGCAAACCUCAGGCACUUGAGGAUAUCGACAAGUUUCAGAAACAGAUUCUGGCCCUACAGACUGAGAAAGAGUUUAUGAAGAGUUCUUAUGAAAAUGGACUUGCGAAGUACUGGGAUAUUGAGAAGCAGAUCAAGGAGUUGCAAGAAAAAGUAUGCAAAUUGCAAGAUGAAUUUGGUGAGGGAAUGGUCAUUGAAGAUGAUGAGGCUCGGAGUUUAAUGGCAACAGCAGCUUUAAAAUCAUGCCAAGAGACAUUGGCUAAAUUGCAGCAGAAACAGGAAAAAUCGACUGAGGAAGCAAAACUUGAGUACCAAAGGAUAAAGGCUGUCUGGGAGAAGCUAGUGUCUCUUAAGGAUAAGUAUCAUAGCGAUCAGAUCGAUGAGGAAAAUCGAAAUGGGAAUGCUAAAUCUGGCAAAGCAGUUAAAGGCCUAAAACCAUUAGAACCAGAAGUUGGCAUUCCAACAGAAGAGAGACAGAAGCUGGAGUUGAUACGGGAGAAAAUUAAGGCACACUUUGAAGGCGGGUCCAAUUUCACUGUGACAGAAAUGGCAGAGAAGAUUGAUGAGCUUGUGAAUAAAGUGAUUAGCUUAGAAACUGCAGUUUCAUCACAGACUGCUCUUGUAAAUAGGUUAAGAGAUGAAACCGAUGAGCUUCAAGCACAACUUCAAACUUUGGAAGAUGAUAAGGCAACUUUGAUUGAUGGCAAGAAUACUUUGAUCAAUACGGUUAAAGAAAUGGAGGAAAAAUUGAAAGGAGUUCAGGAUCUAAACCAAAGUUUCAGUGAACAAAAUAGCAAUCUCCAAACACAUUUUACUGAAGCAAAUUGUAAUCUUGAUCACCUUUCUGAGAAACUGCAAACAGUGAAGCUAGAUGAGGAGCUCGAGGUCGCAAGCUCAUCUGAAAUAUUUGAGAGUUCCCUCAGUGAAGACAAGUCGCCAAAACAGUUUGAAGAACAGGAAGAUGUGCUAAAUCCUCUUGAAGGUUACAAGACACUGCAGGGCGAGAAGUCAGGUGAAGAACUGAAGGUUAUAGCUCCCUUGCAGAAAGAGCAGGGAUCUCCAGGAGAAUUGAGACUGUUUGAAGAAUUGGAAAAACAGGAGGCAGCAUCAGAGAUGGGCAAUGGUUCAUCUCUGUCUGAAGUGAUAUCGGUAGAAGAGUUGAAAGAACGAGAAGCAGCACCAAGUAUGGGAAAUGGUUCAUCUCCAGUAGAAGCAGUAACAUUACAAGGGUUGAAAGAACAAGAGGCAGCAACAAAACUGGGAAAUGUUUCAUCUCCGGCUGGAGCGAGAUCAUUACAAGAGUUGAAAGAACAUGAGGCAGCACCAAAUCUGGGAAAUGUUUCAUCUUCAUUUGUAGCAAGAUCGCUAGAAGAAUUGAAAGAAAAUGAGGCAGCACCAAAUCUGGGAACUGUUUCGACCGCAGGUGUAGUGAGAUCAUUAGAAGAGUUGAAAGAACAUGAGGCAGCACCAAAUCUAGGAAAUGUCUCAUCUCCAGCUGUAGCAAUGUCAGUAGAAGAGUUGAAAGAACAAGAGACAGCACCAAAUAUGGGCAAAGGUCCUUAUCCAGCCGCAACGAGAUCAAUGGAAGAGCAUGCAGCAGUGCCAAAUACAGGAAAUGCUUCUACUACAGCUGCAAUGAGAUCGCUAGAAGAGCUGAAACAACAAAUGGCAGAACCAAAUAUGGGCAAUGCUUCAUUUCCAGUUGAGGUGCAAGAGUUGAAAGCGCAAGAGGCAGCACCCAAUAUGAGAAAUGCUUCAUCUCCAUAUGAAGUGAGAUCACUUGAAGAGUUGAAAGUGCAAGAAGCAGCACCAGAUAUGGGCUAUGGUUCAUCUCCAGCCGAAGUGAAAUCAGUAGAACAGUCAAAAGAACAAGAGGACUCAUCAAAUAUGCAUGAUGGUUCAGGAAAUGUGAGGGAGACACUCAGUACUUCAGCAGGUGAUCGACAAGAAAAAAUUUGUCAAUCUGGGGAAAAUAACAAGUCAGAUAAUAAACUGCCAAACUUAAGUGAUAUGCAAACUUCAUCACAGAUUGUGGACGAUUCUUCCCAUGCGGAACCACAGGAACAGGAAACAGAGAAAGAAGAUGAGCCAGAUUGGCAGAAAAUGUUUUUAAAUGGAAUAGAGAAUAGAGAAAAGAUUCUAUUGACAGAGUACACUACAACUCUUCGAAGCUACAAAGAUGUCAAGAAGAAGCUCAACGAAUUUGAGAAGAAAACUCAGGACAGCCUCUUUGAGACAUCAGUGCAGCUAAAAAACCUGAAGAAUGCUAAUGCCAAGAAAGACGAAGAGAUCAGAUCAUUGCGUUUGAAACUAAGUCUUCUGCAACAGAGUUUGGAAGAAGAUGUCGAUUCCAGAUCUUUCAAAGCUUCAGAAAUGGAAAACCCAACAACUCCAACAGAUGAGAAAGAAGAUAUUGAUGCAAUUCUAAUUGACCAAUCUUCGACCAACAUGUCAGAAAUUGAACAAAAAUUUCGGAUGGACAUUGAUGCACUGCUAGAGGAGAACUUGGAUUUCUGGUUAAGGUUCAGCACUUCAUUCCAUCAGAUACAAAAGUUUGAAACAGAAGCAAAAGAUUUACAGUCGGAAGUCUCGAAGCUAGAAGAUAAAAGAAAGAAUCAAGAAGGAAGUAGUACUUUGAAACAUUUGCUCAAGUCAGAUGCAAGGCCACUGUACAAGCACCUCAGGGAGAUACAGACAGAACUAACAGUAUGGCUGGAAAAAAGUGUAGUACUGAAGGAUGAAAUGCAGUGCAGAUUCACCUCUUUAUGCAACAUUCAAGAAGAAAUAACACAGGCAUUGAAGACAAGUGCUGAGGAUGACGACUUCAAGUUUACGAGCUAUCAAGCUGCCAAGUUCCAGGGUGAGGUUUUGAACAUGAAACAAGAGAAUAACAAGGUGGCAGAUGAAUUGCAAGCAGCGCUAGAUCAUGUGACAAACCUCCAACUUGAAGUGGAUAAGACACUAGGCAAGUUGAAUGAGGAAUUUGCACUCUCUGGUUCGAGGAAACAACAGGAACCCCAGCUAAGUCACUCAGAGAGUCGCUCCAGAGUUCCUCUGCGAUCAUUUAUCUUUGGUGUCAAACCAAAGAAGCAAAAGUCAAUCUUCUCUUGUGUCAGCCCUGCAAUGCAUAGGAAAUACCAUGGUUUGAGAGCAGGACCUCCUCUGUAAAUUCAUUUCAAUCAUAUGCUGCUCGGUUUCUUUCUUCUUUUGCUUUUUAAAUUUACUGGAAGAAUUUUUUCCCAUUUUUUUGGUUGGUAUAAUUUUAACCGGUGCAGUGAGUUUUUUCUUUUUUUUUAUUUAUUUUUUGUUUACUAUGAUUUUUGUUGUUUUGGCAUUUGAGAGUAUGUUUACCACACGUCUAUAGUUUGUAGUUAUCGACCUAGAGAAACAUUGUUAAAUGUAUUUUUAAUUGAUUUAGACAAUUUCUGGUGGAUUAUCUCUUUCAAA